CUCGGGCGGGGCUGCCUGGGCCGCUGGCUGCUCGCCACUCGCGGGUGGGCGCUCCUGGGCACCGGCACCGCCACCGGGUCCUGCUCCCGCCUCAGGUGGCGGCACCAGCCCCCGCUGCUGCUCAGGGCCGCCCGUCAGAGCAUCGGGACGCAGGCGGGAGGACUGAAAGCUGCAAAACCUGGCGGUGAUAGCAAAGAUGUGUCCGUGCAAAGGGCGCUGAACGAGGAAACGCUGGUAUCGGCGGCACAGAAAGUGAAAGAAGCUGGAAGAGACUUUACCUAUUUUAUUGUGGUGCUUGUUGGAAUUGGUGUUACAGGUGGUUUGUUCUAUGUCAUUUUUAAAGAGCUAUUCUCUUCUUCUAGUCCAAAUAAGAUCUAUGGAGAUGCCUUGGAGAAAUGCAGAUCUCACCCUGAGAUAAUCGCUGUUUUUGGUGACUCUAUCAAAGGUUAUGGAGAGGCAACAAGAAGAGGCAGACGACAGCAUGUCAGUCACAUUGAAUACGUAAAGGAUGGACUGAAACAUCUGCGUUUGAAGUUCUAUAUUGAGGGCACUGAAUCGGGGAAACAGGGAACAGUCCAUGUGGAAGUCAAAGAGAAUCUUGAAACAGGAAGAUUUGAGGUUCGCUACAUUUUUGUGGAUGUUGAGACCUAUCCAAGAAGAACCAUUGUCAUAGAGGACAACAGAUAGCCAAUGAUGAAAGCUGCUGCCUUAUCUCACAUUGGAUAAUGUUGCAGACAGUCUACACAAGAAUUGUGUGGUGUUGCCAAUUUUGUCUUGCAGCUUCAGGGCUGUGUUACCGGAAGUAGCCUCUCAGGGCCUACAUUAAGGACUUUUGAUAAUAACAGAUACAGGAUUUAAAGUGAAACCAAUGAAAUAUAGCAGAACUAUCGUGGCAGAUAUUCUUGACAUGGGAAAAUAAUGCCUCCUAAUAAACAGUUUAAUCAUGGGCAAUACUUCUGCACACCCAAAGCCCAGAUUUUCCAAGGUUUUGGGUUUGGAUGGGGAGUUUUUUUGUCUUUCUUGGUUUGGAUUUCAUACUACCAUUGCAUAAAGAAAGGGGUAGUUUAACUGUAGACAGAACUCUACUGUUUUCAUUUUGGAUACAUUUGUAGGUAAGAAGGUAAAAUAAGAAUGUUAGUUAUGCAAAAGAGAUCUAGGCAUGUAAAGGUAGGAAUGGUGGAGGUACACACCCAUGACAAACAACUGAAGAUAAAGACUUGAAUAUUGGUGUCUUCUAAAUAAAUUACCAGCAAACAGAAUAUCA